UGCGCCGCCCCCGCGCUGCCUCGCCGCCGCCGGCCCCGCGCCCCGCUCCGGCCGAGCCGCCCCGCCGCGCACGCCCGCAGCUCGCGGGCAGCGGCAGCAGGCGGCGAGCGCCCGCGGCGCGGACCUGGUUACCGAGCCGCUUCCUCCGGCUGCGGGAGAACCCGCCGUUCCCGGGCUGCGGCCGCCGGGCGCUGCGGCCCGCGGGCAGGCGGCGCCCGGGGCGCGGCGGGGCGGAGCGGAGCGGAGCGGGCUCGCCGGGCCGGGCCCGGCCUCUGCCGCUCCGCGCCGCCCGCCUCGGGCCGGGCUGCGGCGGGAGCGCGGCCCGCCGCGCCGCCCGCCCCCGGCGGAGCAGACCAUUGCGGCUCGCCGAGGAGGUUAAAUCUACAUUUGUUCCCGAAAGCCCUUGGUCUUGCUGCUUUGUCACAGUCGACUGCGUAUGUAUAGAUACUUUCCUCCGGAUCUUCUAUCGUGUAUGGCCCUGCCAAAGAGCAGUGCUGCCUAGGAAACACUUCUCAGCCAGAAUCUCAGUUGUAACAGAUUGCUGAGAGUGGUACCUCCAUAAUUAUGUAAGCUGGUCUUGCACUCCUGAAGUAAACAUGAUGAAAACAGAGUCUUCAGGAGAAAGAUCAACCCUCCGAAGUGCCUCUCCUCACAGGAAUGCUUACAGAACUGAGUUCCAGGCACUGAAAAGCACCUUUGACAAGCCGAAAUCAGAUGGAGACCAAAAAACGAAAGAGGAAGGAGAGGCCUCCCAGAGCAGGGGGAGGAAAUAUGGCUCAAAUGUCAAUAGGAUUAAGAACUUAUUUAUGCAGAUGGGCAUGGAGCCCACUGAAAGUGCUGGAGUUACCCCUAAAACAAGGGGCAAGGGUGGUCCUCCAUCACCUCAAAGGCGAAUUAGGCCCAAAGAGUUUGUAGAAAAAACAGAUGGUUCAAUUGUAAAAUUGGAAUCUUCUGUUUCAGAAAGGAUUAGUAGGUUUGAUACUAUCCAUGAUGGUCCUUCUUACUCUAAGUUUACUGAAACUCGGAAGAUGUUUGAGCGAAAUGCCCAUGAAAUGGGACAUUCCAAUCGCUAUUCCCCAAAGAAAGAGAAAGUAGUUUCCAGUGAGCUUCCGGAUGAGUGGUGCAGCUCUAAAUCUCACAGAGGCAGCACUGAUUCAUUGGACAGUCUUAGCCCAAGGACAGAGACUGUCUCUCCAACUGUGAGUCAGCUCAGUGCAGUUUUUGAAAACACUGACUCACACAACGUAAUUGUUUUAGAAAAGUCAGAGAGUAAUGAAGAAUACUCUGUAACUGGUCACUAUCCACUAAACCUGUCUUCUACUGUUGCAAACAUCUCCUCCCCUGUUGCAAACCUGGAGGGGUUCAGUCCUCUGAAAGAUGCCAGCACGUGGUCUCCGCCAGCCAAACAAAAUACAAGCUUGGUAUCCGUUGAGAACUCCCAACAAAACAGCACAGCUUCCACAUCAAGACAGAAAACAUCUACAGGCACUCUGUCAGGUUCAAAAACAACUGAAGAAAUAAAAAAGAAUACAGAGGCCAGUGCUGAUUCUGUUGAGAAUUGUGUGGUGAGUCCACAGGAUCUGGUCAGCGUACCUGACAGUGAAAGGUCUGUGGACAGUUGCGCUAGAAGUAAGUCAAAAACAGAGACAGAAGGUUUGUCGCGACAAAAGGAACGGUCAGAAAAUGCAGAGGGUAUCUUUGAUAGACCUGAAGCUGCAGAAAUAUCAAGAAAUUUAGUGUCAGGUGGUGAUUUUGCAGCAGGUGCUGUUUCAGACACUAUCGAGUCCCAUUAUGAUGAGACAAGUGAAAAGGAAGUAAAUGAAGAUGUGAACAAUUUUCAGAGUUCCCAUGUGUACAUGCACUCUGACUACAAUGUUUAUAGGGUACGAUCGAGGUAUAAUUCUGACUGGGGAGAGACAGGUACAGAACAGGACGAUCAGGAUGACAGUGAUGAAAAUAACUGUUAUGAACCCGAUAUGGAAUACUCUGAAAUUAAUGGAUUGCCAGAUGAAGAUGAAAUCCCAGCAAACAGAAAAAUACAGUUCAGUCGUGCUCCAAUUAAGGUUUUCAAUACAUACUCAAAUGAAGACUAUGACAGGAGAAAUGAUGAAGUUGACCCAGUGGCUGCAUCAGCUGAAUAUGAACUUGAAAAGCGUGUGGAAAAGCUGGAGCUUUUCCCAGUUGAGCUAGAAAAAGAUGAAGAUGGACUUGGCAUAAGCAUUAUUGGAAUGGGAGUUGGAGCAGAUGCAGGCCUUGAAAAACUGGGAAUAUUUGUCAAAACAGUGACAGAAGGUGGGGCAGCAGAAAGGGAUGGCAGGAUCCAGGUGAAUGACCAAAUUGUGGAAGUCGAUGGCAUCAGUCUGGUUGGUGUUACACAAAAUUUUGCUGCAACUGUUCUUAGAAACACCAAAGGGAAAGUCAGGUUUGUAAUUGGACGAGAAAAACCAGGACAAGUAAGUGAGGUUGCACAGCUGAUAAGCCAAACUCUGGAACAAGAGCGCCGCCAGAGAGAACUCCUCGAGCAGCAUUAUGCACAAUAUGAUGCAGAUGAUGAUGAGACAGGGGAAUAUGCUACAGAUGAAGACGAUGAAGACAUGGGACCUGUCCUUCCAGGAGGCGACGUGGCUAUUGAAGUGUUUGAUCUUCCCGAAAAUGAUGACAUGUUCUCCCCCAGUGAUCUGGACACCAGCAAGCUUGCUCACAAAUUCAAAGAGUUGCAAAUCAAACAUGCAGUUACAGAAGCUGAAAUUCAGAAGCUGAAGACGAAGCUGCAGGCUGCUGAGAAUGAGAAAGUGAGGUGGGAAGUGGAGAAGACUCAACUCCAGCAGAACAUUGAGGAGAAUAAGGAAAGGAUGAUGAAAUUAGAGAGUUAUUGGAUUGAGGCACAAACCUUGUGUCACACCGUGAAUGAGCACCUCAAGGAGACGCAAAGCCAGUAUCAGGCUCUGGAGAAGAAAUAUAACAAGGCAAAGAAAUUAAUCAAGGAUUUUCAGCAAAAAGAACUUGACUUCAUUAAACGCCAGGAAGCUGAACGAAAGAAAAUAGAAGAUUUGGAGAAAGCACAUCUGGCAGAGGUUCAAGGCUUACAAACUCGUAUACGAGAUUUAGAAGCAGAAGUAUUCAGGCUAUUGAAGCAAAAUGGGAGCCAGGUUAAUAACAACAACAACAUUUUUGAAAGGCAGACAUCUUUUGGAGAAGUUUCUAGAGGAGAUCCAGUGGAAAAUUUAGAUACUAAGCAAGUGUCCUGUCUGGAUGGCUUAAGUCAAGAUUUCAAUGAAGCGGUGCCAGAAACAGAGAGACUGGACUCUAAAGCUCUGAAAACUCGAGCCCAACUUUCAGUGAAGAACAAACGGCAAAGGCCUACUAGAACAAGACUGUAUGACAGUAUCAGUUCAACUGAUGGAGAGGACAGCCUUGAACGAAAGCCGUCAGACAGUUACAGUAGUCCCAUGCACAUUUCCAAAUCACCUCUGCCCUUAUGUGUGAGAGCAUCCUCACCAGCAUCAGAUUCUGGUGCUUCCUCCCUCUCCCCAGUGGCUAGCAGUGCAGCAUUCUCAUUUGACAACCUAACUGAAAACCAAGAAGAAGGACAGCAGCACAAAGGAGGUGUCUUUUCCCCUCUUGUUUGGGGGCACACUUCACUUCCCUCUCCUUCAAAAUCUGGGCACAGCUCUGAAGCGUCUCCUUUCCAUCACCCCGCUGGCAGGAAUGUUUUACAGGAUGAAGAUGUUGCCACAUGUGCCCAGGCAGCAAGAACAACUAGCCCUACUUUGGGGCAGGCAGAAAAACUAAAGCGAAAACUUGCAGAUCUUGGGGCUCCCUUGAGAAGGAGUUCAAACAAGGGGAAGAAGCGGAAAGAGAAAGAAGCUAUUAGGGUGACCUGUGGCAAUAGGACCACCAGAGAGAUGCUGCAGAAAUCAGCAAACACUAAAUGUUUACUAGAACGAUCCUCCUCUCUCCCAUACCGUGUACCAUUCACAUGGUAUGGAGAGAGUAGCAAGGGAUCCAAUUCUUCUAGCAACCUGCCAUCACCUACCAGCUCAACUGAACCUUCUUCUGAAAAUAAAAGUCCAGCUAAAAAAGGGGCAAAGAAUUUCACAUUCAACGAUGACUUCAGUCCUAGCAGCACAAGUUCAGCUGAUUUGAGUGGUUUAGGAGCAGAACCCAAAACCCCGGGUUUCUCGCACUCCUUAGCACUGUCAUCAGAUGAGAGCCUGGAUAUGAUUGAUGAUGAGAUCCUUGAUGAUGGACAGUCUCCUAAACACAGUCAUUGUCAGAAUCGUGCUGUUCAGGAGUGGAGCGUGCAGCAGGUUUCCCACUGGUUAAUGAGCCUGAACCUUGAACAGUAUGUUUCUGAAUUCAGUGCCCAAAACAUUAAUGGGGAGCAUCUCCUUCAACUGGAUGGGAGUAAGCUCAAGGCUCUUGGUAUGACAUCUUCCCAGGACAGAGCAAUCAUUAAAAAGAAGCUAAAAGAAAUGAAAACAUCCAUGGAGAAAGCUCGCAAAGCUCAAGAGAAAAUGGAAAAGCAAAGGGAAAAGCUUAGGAAGAAGGAACAAGAGCAACUGCAGAGGAAAUCAAAGAGAACAGACAAGACUUCAUCAGAUGCGACAGAGGGCACUAAUGAGCAGUGAUAAGCAGAACUACUACUAUGUUAGUAAUGUGGAGGCACUUCAAGGGAAGAGAAACUCUCGUCCAGUCCAGUGCCCCUUCAGCCUUCUUGUAUUCAUUACACAAGAGUAUGUACACAGAAAUGGGGCUAUAAACAGAAUGAGUAGGGAAAUUUAUAUUGUGUAGUUUUAUUUUCCUGCAUAUUCAGUUCACGCUCGUUAUUGUUGCCAUGCUAAACAACCCCAGACCCUCAGUUUGUUUUGUUGUUGUUGACAGCUAACAGAUUUCAUAUUUGUGUGGCAGUGUUUCCUUCCAAACUGCUCUUCUCUAUUGAGCUGUGUGUGUUUGGUCACUUCAGUACCCAGCAAGAUGCUGAGGAGCAUGGUCCACUGCUUCACGUGUGCUGAGUAGGAUGGCCAGUCAGAAUGACUGGUGAAUGUUUAUUCAGCUGAGUAAAAGGAGCUGUUCUCUCUCCAACAGAGCUGACUGAACUUUCUAGCUGGAAUUUUGGCUUCUUUACAGUGUUUUGAUACUCAGUUCUGUCUACUGGAAUAAGUUUCAUCUUGCAUCGGUACCUUGAAGUGACGCUGCUCUGGAAAUGCAACUGUUCAGUGACUUCUUAUACACUGGAUAUAAUGACAGGAGAGUCAGUAUUGCCCCUGGGUAAAAGACAGGAGGUGAAACUCUUUCUGUUAAUUGUACAAUAGUUUAAUCCAGGAAGGAGGCAAAGCCUUAAAUGAUUGUGUGGGUUUACACAGAAAUCUGAGGAUAACAUUUAUCCUUUAGAUAUGUGAGCAAGGGUGAAUUUCUAUCUAGAGCACACCAGAUCUGUAUAAAUUUCAUUGUGCUCCCAGUGUGUGUAGGCAACUUUCUUAUAGCACACUCUGCUUUCUUUUUCAUGUAUUUUGAACAGGAAGCUGGAUUUAUUUUGCUCUGUUUUUUCAAGGAAAGCACCACAUCUGCAGAUUUGUUCUCCAAUAAGCAUUGGGAGAAUAAGCUUUGUGCUGUGCUAUUAUGAAGCUAUCAGUGGAAAUGUUUAUCAAACUCGAGUCUGUUAAAGACUUUUCAGUUUUUAAAGAAGUGCACUUUAAGAAGCGGAAGAAGAGGGAUCCUGGUUAAAAUAAAAUUCAGUACAUUGCUAUUAAGGUCAAUGCUACUAUGGAGGUGAAGGUUACUAAAUCCAAAGCUGCCAUAUAUUAACUGUUUUGAUUAGUGUGUUUAGCCCCACCAAAAAUUGAAUUUUUAGGCACAGACUGUAGAAUGUUUAGAUGAUUUAACUGGUGGCUGUAUUACAUGCUUUCCCGGUAUAUGAGGCCAUUGGUGAAGCCAGUGUGUAGUUUUUACUGUGACAGAAGCAAACAGUAUAUCUUGCACUGUAUGAUGUUACUGCCUCUUAAAAUACUCAGUAUUUCUUCAAAAGAAUGGAAAGACAGCAGGCAAGUAUCCACAAUGAGAAGUUAAAUGUAUUACCUUGGUACUUUAUAGUCAAAGCUAACUGUGUGGCAGCAUUUAUAGUUUAGGAACAUCACUUCCCUUUCAUGCGUUCUGGAAGUUGCAGUCUCCGUCUAGUCAGUCAUGCUAACGUGCACAUUGUUUAAGCUGUUGAUGCAAAGUCAGAAACUUGAACUUAACAAAUUGACAACCUAAAAAUUCAUUCCAAAUAUUGAAUUCUUUUAAAGAAAAUCUUUGUUUUAGUUGGGCUUGGCUUCCGUUCUGCACUUUGACAUUCAGAUUUUUGCCUGUAAAGCUCUCUGGAGCUCAGAGAUUUGAGACAGUUGGGGUGCAAUGUUUAUAGUUAAAUUUCUUAAUAUGGAAUGUUAGGUUUUCAGUUUAAUCGUAGUAGUUUUUUUGACAUGUAAAAUGAUCUGUAAACUGAUAGAGCCUAGUUCAUUUAAAACUAAUACACAACAGAUCUGCUUAGUAUUAGCUUUAUUUUUCCCUCCACAUCCAAUUUCUGCACAUUUCUGAUGUAUACUUUAUUCAUAUAUAAAAACGAAAUUGUGGUAAAAGAUACUUCCUGAUAUUUCUAAAGACUUGUGCUAUUUUUCUUGAGAUAAAGAGACCAGUGGCAAAAAAAUAUACCUGUUAGUGAAAAUUCUGUAUUGAAGUGAAUCUUUCUGCACUCUUUGUAGGAGAAAAACUAUACAAAUGAGUAAUAGGGGCUCUGUGAAACUAGCAUUCAGUUAUUUUAGGAGGUUAUAGAUUUAUAUACAAGCAAGAGAAGUUAUCUGGAAGAAACUGGAAAUUUAAUAUUUUAAAUACAAAGUUGAUAAAUGCAUUCAAUGAUGAUUUUCUCUUUAAGUUAUGUUUACAUUACAGUAAUGUUUUAAGUGAUUGUAUGUAAUAAUCUAAGGAAGUGUCCCUAUUUUAUUUUCUUCAUUUUCUUAGAAACCUGAGCAGACUGCUUGGCAUUAUACGUUGAGUUUUCUUUCUUGCUGCUUAGAACAGUGCCUCGUUAAUCUAUUUGUAAAUCAGGUUCUGAUUCUGCAGAAUAACUAAUUUGACUUAAGUCCUUCAAGUAUUCAGGGUUUUUUUAUUGUUUUGUAGUAAUGUUACUUUGUUAUUCUCUGAUUUUUUUUUAAAAAAACUAACUUAAAACGGUAACUUAGAUUUAAAAUAAAAGCAUAAAAUGCAUAUCAAUUAACACCUGAAAACAGAGCAAACCAAGCAAUGAUGUCAAGAGUUUCACUCUUCCUUCUGUGAUUGAUAAAAGAGAUUUAUGUGGUUCCUUUUGUUAAGUAUAGCAACUCAGUUUUGGGACAUACAGAAAUGUCACUGGAUUACACAUGUAAAGACCAGUGCAGUUUAAGACCUUUAUUACUGUUCCAUAAGAUCUUUAAAGUUGUGUUGCGUUUUUUCCCCUUAUAUUCUGAAAUGACGUAUGAAACAGAAGAUAUGGAUGUCUCUCAUCAUUCUCAAUUUAAAACUUCCUGUAAAAAAUACUAAGUCAGACUAAUGUGUGUUUCAGGGUAAAAAGAAGAAGCAAACAUCCCAUGCUAAAUGUCUGGAAAGACUUUCAGCUCACCUGCAAAUGUAUCAGUAAGCUACUUCUGCAUCUUUGUUUUUGGAGUUAAAGCAGUUUUGCAUAUGCUGACUGGUCUCUUAUAGCUGCCUUUAAACCUCUGUCCAGGCAGCUCGGUGUUUCUACUCUUCUAGCCAUGCAUCUGUGCCAGCUGCGCGCCUCACUGAUCCUAGCUGGCUGUCAGUGUUGACUUCCCCUGUUACAGCUGGUAGCCACUUUUGUAAAUUGUGGUUCUGCUCAUAUGGUUGAGUUACUGCCAUGUGUACAUACAUCUAUCUAGCUUAUGACAGGGUGAAGAGAUGAGCUGCAGUGAAGAAAGGAGAGUUAAUAGGAAAUGGGACUUUGAAAAAAUAGAAAAUAAAAGAUGUAACAUUGCUGGUUAUUUUAGCCCUAAAAAAGCUAGUGUUUGCAUUGAGAUUCUGAAGAGAGUGGUGGCUCUUUGCUCUGUCCAAAUCUGCCAAACAUACUGACAUUAUUCACUUCUGCUGAGCAUUUUGCUGUGGGUAGCUGCCUGCAGCCAUGCAUCAUGAGCAUUAAAACUCCUAAUUAGGUUUCAGUCUGCCUGGGCAGAUUGGGAUGGGGGAGCGAGGAGCCCAACCUGUUCUGUGCAGUGCACAGUAGCAUUGCUCACUGGUGCUUGCAUUUCACCCACCCAUCUGAGCAGCUCUGGUGGGAGUCUCUGUUAGCAGAGCCUGUUCUAGAUCAUAGGUUAGCAUAAAACAGUGGAACAAAAGCCCAUAACGAAGUGCUGAACAGAGCUAGGAAAUGUUUGUAUCUCAGUGUACACAAAUGCUUUUGCAGUUUUUUUUCUUUUUUUUUUUUUUUUUUUUUUUUUUUUUUUUUUUUUUUGCAAAGACAUCUGUUGUGCCAUGACUCUAGUCUGCUGCAGGGAUGCAACAAGAACUGAGUUUAUACAAGAAUUACUGUGCAGCCUUCCUCGGCAGCUUGCCAGCCCUUGACUCUCCCUGACAUUCAGAGAUGCUUGACCCUGAGCAAUGCGGGGUCCUAAUACUUCAGCUGCAUCAAAGCAACCGCAACCUCUUGAGCUGCUUCACCUUCACCUCCUGGCCCACAGGCUGUUAGGUAAGAGGUGGGCAAUGUUGCGUACUGAUGUUUGAGGAUGAAUUGGUUUCCACUUAAAGUCAGUGAAAGAAAUCCCACGUUUAUUAGUAGUGCAGAAUCCAGCCCUGCUGUAGGAAGGCUGAUCCAUAACUGUGUAUGGCCAAGAAGUACCAUUCUGGGUACCCUCACAACACCAAAAAAAGUUUGCACACAUUCAGCUGUUGUUCUUUGAAAAUUUGCAGUGCAGUCUGUACUGUUUGUUACUGCUGGAGUUUAAGGAAGGUUUGCAAGAAUAAAGUCAUGUGUUAAUUUCUUAGUAGUGUAUUUACAGAUAGAGAAUAUUGUCAUGUCAAAGAGAAAACGAAACCUGAUGUUGCUCUUUUUUUUUUAGGUGUGGCUUCUUGCCCUGCAACAUCAUCAAAUGUAGUGAUAGAGGGGCUGGGCCCUUUUAGCAGCACUUCCCUCAUUCCAUGCUCUCCCUCACUUUAAAACCUCAGGAAACCUGUGCUGUGGUCCUUAAACACUGAAAGAAAUGGAUGUUUGAAAAAAGCAGGCACAUGUUUGAUUAACUUAUAAGUCUUUAACAGUUGAAACGGGCAAAGUGCACAAAGCAGUUAGAUGGUUUUGGUUUAGUUUUGUUAAAUUAGUGACUGAGAAUAAUGAAAUAAAUCAGUCUUUCUAGAAAGGAAAAUGUUUAAGUGGUGGGGUUUGUGGCUUGAGUCUUUAAAUAAAUACAGCUGGUUUUGUGUGUGUGCAUACAUUUGUACAUACACAGAUUUUCAUACAGAUUUACACUGCAUUGAGAUUAGUAGCAGUGAGUAUGUGGGUAACUGUGAGUUACAGGGCUGUAGGCACAUAAGCUACACAUCAAAGGGUCCUGAUACUACGAAGAAACUCAGAAGAGCUAAGCGCUAGCAAUUGGUCUCGCCAGCGUGCUCCCCCUUAGCUGUGCUGACAGCGUUACUCACUGUUUUUUUGUAAUGUUUUAUGUAUUUGACAGAUCAGAAGAUUUUAAAGUUUUGUUAAAACCAUAUACAGAAUUGUCUUCUGUGUGUCUUUCUCCAUGUUGUCCUCUCUUUGUUUUUUGGCAGGAUUGAUUUAUUAGAGUGUUAGUAUUUUAGGAAAUUUUUUUUUUAUGUAUUUUGUAAGCCUAACUUUGAUUUUUGUUGGAGUGUUUUGGGCAGCUCGUUAUUGAGCAGGAUUGCAAGUGGUAUCGGAAGUGACCUAUCCAAUGAGCCCAGUUGACUGUAGGUCAUUUGCAAGUUGCACAGUCCUUUUGGUUAACCUCCUGUAUGUAUUUUAAUUCUGUUCCUUUCCAUCUGUAAAACUGUGUGAUUUUUUUUUUCAAAGCUGUGACACCACAGCUAUGACAUUGAGCCCUCCAAUUCCUCCUCAUAAAAUGAGUUUUCUGUCACUGACUGGCAGUGGGACUGGUACCUUUGUAUCGGCAUUGGGUAAUGACUCAAAAGGUGUGCCCUAGUGGAAGAUUUGGCUUUAGUGCUGGGUGCUGCCUCUUUCUUCGGAAGUUUGGACUCUUGGGAAGUGGUCGUUUGGUUUAUGAAACCCGCUCUUCUGAGUUGGGAAGGGUUUUUUUUGUUUGUUUUUUGGUUUUUUUUUUUCCCCUCCAGACUGAGGAGAUGAGAUGAGGAGGGCCAGCAGCUCAGAUGAGUCCCAGCUGAAUAACCAAGGAGCCUUAGGCUGGUGCCAUGGAUGACUGUGACACCAGCGGAGCAGGCUCAGGCCCCAGCGAUGGAGAGUUCAAAGGAAGCAGGGAGCACAGGGCAUCAACCGUAACAAAUAAACAGGCCAUUCUAAAAUGGGGAAUGCACAGUGAACCGCUCUUCUAACUACAUGUACUCUCCCUUACACAUUUGCUGUCUUAACUACUGCGUAUGUAUAUUCCAGUUGUGUUGCAAUGGUAACUCACUGGUAACUGAGAAGUGUUACAAAUAUUGCUAGAAGACCAGGCAGCUAAAAGACUAAAAUGCACUGUGCUCACUGUAAAAAUUGGCUUCUUGUUUCUCUUUAUAUGAUAGGAGGAGGUCGUUGUGCUUCUUUUUUUUUAUUUUAGAGCUCAAAUGUAUAUGAAGUGCAUGUUAUUCUGAAGUUUUUGUUUGUACAUCUUGCUGUCUAACCAUCUGCAUGGAAGACACAGUAGUGCCAUGUCUGAGCUUGUUCUCUUGUGCUUGGUUAAUAUGAACUUCUCUAGAUUGUUGAGUUUUCCCAAAAAACAACAUUCUUUAAUAUUUAGUUAUUUGGAGGCAUCGAAAUAAAAAAAAAAAACAUGGUGGCCCUUUGUUUUCUUACAGUUUCAAUACAAACAAGAAAAGCCUUGUGGUUUAAAGUUAAUUUGUUAGUGUAAAUAAAUUUCUUGCCAAUGAGUAUUAUUGUUGUUAGACAACGAAUGCAAUAAAACGAGAAAUCCUGAAUCUUUA